UGUUCAGCCCGCACUCACUCACCCCCCUUCCCCCAGCACUCCCCCUCGUGCUGUCGGCGCAGUUCAAAAUCACCCAACCAUAACCCUAGGUUCUCCCUGCAACGGUUCUGCCGCAGUGCCACCGCCGUCCGUGCUGUCGGCGCCUCCACGUUCUCUCUUGUAGAUCGGCGUCCUCCUUCCCCCUGUCCCCGUCAUCCCUGGCUUCUCUGUUCAAGGCUUGGAGCAGCUCGUCGCCGUGUCGCCGGUCGCCGUUCGCCGUCCGUGUCUCCGUCGAAGGUGCCAAGCCGCUCUGAAGCUCUGAUUCCUUCUCCGUCUUGCUUCCCCAACCGUGGUUUCCUUGACUACCCUACCCCAAACAAUUGGGUAACCAUGAAACAUUGAAUGAUUGAAACCACCCGUGGUUUGCUGAGGAGAGACUCUAUCCGCCUUUGCUUUGAAGAUGUACCUUACUGCUCCGGGAGGCGUCGUUGUCCAGUGACGACUCAGACUCUUCUGCCGCCAACCUCGCAACUCUGUUCGCAAGUUCAUUUCUCUCUCUUGGUGUCCAGGACCAAACCUAGUUCCUAAUUUCUCUCAAAUUGGAACUCCCAGUUCUCCAAGCUGGCGCAUAACACAUUGGUGUUCAACUCUCUCUGACUCUCUUACGCCUCUAGGGGAAGGACAUCGGCAACCUCGCAGCACCACCAAUCACUUCUGUGUAUGUGUUCCGAUGAGGUUGCUUCCUUCGCUGUAGUAGGUGUCUUCUCUGCUAGCGCAACCCUUUAAGCUUCACCACCACCGUUCAUCACUUCAUCUUUCUUCUGGUGACAGGAGGCAUUUUGGAUAUCAUUGGGAACUUGCAACUGAUUUGUGUAGCAUACACACUUCACAUGCAGAAUAAAAUUAGUAUCUAUUUAAACUUGAAGUCUUGAUGGUGGCUACUUAUAUGAUUAAGGAUUAUAGGAACAAAGUUGAAUCUGAGUUGACUAAUAUCUGCACUGAUAUCAUGGCUCUUAUUGAUGAACACCUUAUUCCAUCUUGUUCUGGUGGUGUACCUAGUGUCUUCUUCUAUAAGAUGAAGGGGAACUAUUAUCGGUAUCUAGCCAAAAUCAAGUAUGUUGAUAAGAGAAAGGAGGCUGCUGAUCAGUCCUUGAAAGCAUAUAAGAGAGGUAGCAUAUUUCACUUCAAAGUUACUCCAAGACGGAAGCCUCUGCUCAGAUGGGUAUAUUGAAGUGUCUGGGGCUGCCCAGGCAUCAGGUUUUCACGGCCAGAAAGUAUCUCAAUGUAUCGAGCUUCUCCUGUCUUCACACAGCACAAAAUUCCUCAGUGGAAGCUCGCUCACAAGAUGAGGAUGUGGUGAUUGCUUUGGGAAGUAAUGUAGGUAAUAGGGUUCAUAACUUCAAGGAAGCCUUGAAAAUGAUGAAGAAGUCAGGCAUACAGGUCACAAGGCAUGCUUGUUUGUAUGAGACAGCACCAGCAUACAUUACUGAUCAACCUUGCUUUAUCAACUCUGCAGUUAGAGCUGUUACUAAACUAGGUCCACAUGAAUUAUUGGCUGCACUCAAAAGAAUUGAGAAGGACCUCGGGCGAACCGACGGAAUAAGGUAUGGUCCAAGGCCAAUCGACUUAGACAUUUUAUUCUACGGUAAAUAUAAAGUCAGAUCUGAUAUUCUCAAUAUACCUCAUGAAAGAAUUUGGGAGCGGCCUUUUGUUAUCGCCCCUUUGAUGGAUUUACUGGGAUCAGCUAUUGACAAUGAUACAGUUGCUAGUUGGCAUGCAUUUUCGAGCCAUUCUGGUGGACUAUAUGAAUUAUGGGAAAAAUUAGGUGGGGAAUCACUUAUUGGACAGGAAGGUAUAUGUAGGGUAAUGCCUGUUGCAAAUGGCUUACUUGAUUGGUCCUUGAGAACUUCCGUUAUGGGCAUCCUUAAUUUGACCCCAGAUAGUUUUAGUGAUGGGGGGAAUUUCCAGUCUGUGGAAUCUGCUGUAUCGCAAGUUCGAUUAAUGAUUUCAGAGGGAGCAGAUAUAAUUGAUAUUGGUGCUCAGUCUACGCGACCAAAGGCAUCUAGGAUCUCUGUUGAAGAAGAAUUAAGUAGAUUAAUCCCUGUCCUAGAAGCUGUAAAGUCAAUGCCUGAGGUAGAGGGAAAGCUCAUAUCUGUUGAUACUUUCUACUCUGAUGUUGCUUCAGAAGCAGUUAGUAGAGGGGCUCAUCUUAUAAAUGAUGUAUCUGCAGGGCAGUUAGAUCCUAAUAUGUUCAAGGUCAUUGCAGAUCUAGAUGUUCCUUAUGUUGCGAUGCAUAUGAGGGGGGACCCAUGCACUAUGCAGAGCAGUGAAAACCUGAAAUAUGAUGAUGUUUGCAAGGAGGUGUCCUCCGAGUUAUAUUCAAGGGUUAGACAGGCAGAACUGUCAGGAAUUCCAGCAUGGAGGAUUAUUAUUGACCCUGGUAUUGGAUUCUCGAAAAAAACUGAAGACAAUUUGGAUAUCCUCACAGGACUUCCUGCAAUCCGAGCUGAGAUUGCCAAGAGUAGCUUUGCCAUCUCUCGUGCUCCUAUACUUAUUGGACCCUCAAGAAAGAGAUUUCUAGGUGACAUUUGUUCCAGACCUUCUGCUGUUGAGAGGGAUCCUGCUACCAUUGCUUCUAUAACAGCGGGUGUUCUGGCUGGAGCUAACAUUGUUAGGGUGCAUAAUGUCAAAGAUAAUUGUGAUGCUGUGAAGCUGUGCGAUGCAAUUCUAAAACAUAAACAUUCUGCCAUGAAAUCUAGACAAUGAAUUUGUCACCAACUUUGAUGUUGAAUUCUUUUUAAUACUCCCGUUUGAUACA